CUAAGUGCCAAUUACUGCAUGUGAAACUAAUAAUUUUUUUUAAUUUUACAUAAUUGUAGGCACAGAAAUAUACCAAAGUGCAAAAUAAAUACCCACUUUACACGACAAUAAAGAUAAAUAUAAUCAAUAAAUAAUAUAGAUUUUUAUACUUCACUAAACUUCAUAGUGACUCAACUUAACCCCUCUCUGUCUCUCUCUCUCUCUCUCUCUCUCUCUCUCUCUCUCAUUUUUUCUCUCUCUUUCUUUAUUUCUCUUCCUGUCUCUCUCUCUUCUGUUGCUGUGAUGUGUGCUCUGUGUUGUGGAACAGGAAAUGAGUGCAGACGGAGGAGGCAGGCUGAAACCAGCAGAGUUCUAGUACACACACACACACACACACGCAUGCUCGCUCUCUCUCUCUCUCUCUCUCUCUCUCUCUCUCUCUCUCACUCACACACACACACACACACACACACACACACACACACACACGCACACACACACGCACACUUUCACCAGCACUGGAACUUUGAGCCCCAGGUGGACGGAUAAAGCUGUGAAGCAGAGAGGAACACAAACACUCAAAAGGCAAAAGGACGCUGAAAGACGAGAAGAAAGAAAAAGAGAAAGACGGAUACCUGUGUGUUUUUGCUGAAACUGUUGAAGAGCAUGUAUGGUUAGGAUGGUGCUGCAAUCUGGUUCCAGCAGACCUUCUCUAAUGUUAUCCUGAUUUGUCUUUGACCUUCAGGGGAGCCUUGCUCAAGUUCGUGACCCCAGUGUGACCUCCGCACGUGAUGGGCGAGACUGGUAAGAUGGCGAAGCCGUGCAUGGGCCUGGUGCUGGUUGAGUUCGGGUACGAGUACCAGAACCAAGAUGGCUGCAUGGUGUCCAUCAAACCCAAUGAGAGGUACACACUCUUGGCCAAGACCAAUGACCAUUGGUGGCACGUACGCAAAGACGAGUACACCAAGCCUUUCUACAUCCCUGCCAAAUACGUCAAGGAGCUACCGUCCAGUUUGCCAUCGCCCCUUGACUUUGUCGACGCCCCUGUGCCCAAGCCGACGCCUCCCGUUGUAUCUGACCUUGCAGAGAAGCCCAAGUCCAAUGAGGUAACCAUCAGGACACGCUCUCCAAAGAACCACCGCAAGACAGAGAACCGCAUGUCCACGUUUGGCGUCCCGUUGGACAUCCACGAGCAUUCGAUGUACACGUACGGAGGUUUAGUGGACCCCAUCAUUUCCCUACACCCAGUCCCAGCUUCAGAACCGGCGAAGCAGAAGAGGCUCAGUCUCUCUCCAAACUUGUUACUAAGCUCCCACGAGUCGUCACAGAAGCCUCGUGCACCAAGCCUGAGCCCCGUUGACCUGCUGCUUCGCCAGGUCAAACCUGUAGAGCCUCCGGUACUCAAGAACCUGAUUGACACCAGGCCUCAGGGACUGCUGCUAAAGCCUGAGCCACUCAUCGAGCCAGAGGAGGAGUCCAGCCCGGAGCAGACCCCUUCCUCAGACUCGGAGAACAUUUAUGAAUCCAUAUCGGAUUUGAACCUGGAUGAUUUGGUGAAGACAGAACCUGCUGCUCAGCAUGAUCCUGCUCAGAGUCCACCCUCAUCUACACCGCAGGGAAAGCAGGAGCGUGAGAACCCCACUAUGGCGGUGUACGCUAACGUCACUGAGCUGAAGAAGCUCAUGCCUCGUGUGCCUCCCUCAUCCACCUCCACCUGCUCGUCUCCCGGCCUCCCUCUCAGCCCAGCUCCAGACUCGCCUGAAUGGGAAUCACGACCUGAGCAGGACAACAGCAAAAUGUCCUACCCUGCCACACACCCUCAGAGCCCCACUCUGCCCGCAGGCAUGGACGCCUCGGCUCUGCCCAUCCCAGCCAUGCCCGCUCCAUCCGUGCCCGCUCCGUUCGUGCCCGCUCCAUCCUCACUGCCUCCAGCUCUCUCACAGGGAUCAGACUGGGAACAGCUCCUAGACAGCACCACGGGGAGACACUACUACUACAACGCCAUACUGAAUCAGUCAUCAUGGGUCGCUCCUGAGCUGCUCAGCCCUCAUCAGGAAGGACCGCCCCCUUUACCAGAGGAGGAUUACCCCACAAAUGAGCAUGACACGACCCUGCCCCCGGUUAAACAUCCCGUCCUGCCUCGGGUCACUCUGGACCCCGGAGCCCCUGUACCACCCGGCUGGAGCUGCUCCACGGAGCCUGGAGGGAAAACAGUCUUCACCAAUGACCACACACACCAACAGUGGAUCCAGUCGAAGGACGAGAAAGGAAAGACGUACUACUACUUAAAGGGCGGCUCUGUGUCUCUGUGGAAUCUUCCGGAGGUAUCAGUGUUGGGGAACGGUGUGGAGCAGGAUGGACAGUCUGUGCUUAAGAACUGGAAACCCGUCCCACAGGAGGACACGCAGAAGUUUUUCCCGUCUCACCGCAGGAUCGCUUCUGAUUACAGCACUGAUUCAUCGAGCACAGGGAAUUCAGCAGACCUACAUCAGGAGGACAACUCGAGGCCGAGGAGGAAUCUGUCCAGCACAGACGCGCACCCCCACCACCUCCACCACCCUCACCACCAUGCUUCGGUGCUGGAGAAGGCUGGCAUUCUCAACAAGACCAAAAUAGCGGAUAAUGGAAAGAAACUGAGGAAGAACUGGGCUCAGUCAUGGACCGUACUUCAUGGAGGAAUUCUCACCUUCUACAAAGAUCCCAAAUCCACUCCGGCUGGGAAUGUGACUAAGACUAAUCAGAUCGUCCCGGAGUUCACAGUGGAGCUGAAAGGAGCUUCAGUCGGCUGGGCGUCCAAGGACAAGUCCAGCAAGAAGAACGUCCUGGAGCUAAAGACUCGUCAUGGCUCAGAGUAUCUGAUACAAUACGACACAGACAGCAUCAUCCACGACUGGCACAAGAUCAUCCAGGACACCAUUAAACACCUGGAUCAUGAACAUUACUCAGAGGAAGAGGAUGAUGAGGUCAUGGAGAAAUCGACCCAGCCUGUAGAGAAAGAGAAGAAGAACACCACGACGAGACAGAGCACCUCAGGUGCUGCAGAUUCUGAGCAGAGCCGCGUUCGUACCAAACUGCGCAAGUUCCUCCAGAGGAGACCUACACUGCAGUCGGUCAAGGAGAAGGGCUACAUCAAAGACAACGUGUUUGGCUGUCACUUGGACACCUUGUGUCAUCGGGAGCUCACCACCGUCCCCAGAUUUGUGGAGAAAUGUAUAAAGUCAGUGGAGAGGAGAGGAUUAAACAUCGAUGGGAUCUACAGAGUGAGCGGGAACCUGGCGGUCAUCCAGAAGCUCCGGCACAAAGCAGAUCACGAGGAGGAUCUGGAUCUGGAGGAUGGUCAGUGGGAGGAGAUUCACGUCAUCACUGGAGCGCUGAAGCUCUUCUUCAGGGAGCUUCCCGAGCCGCUGUUCCCCUACAGCUUCUUCGACAAGUUCAUCGCUGCCAUCCAAAUCAGCGAUCAGAGUCAGAGGGUGUCGUAUAUGCGAGACUUGGUGCAAGCUUUGCCUUUACCCAACCACAACACCAUGGAAGUGCUUUUCAGACACUUACGCAAGGUGGUUGAUCACUGCGACUCAAACCGGAUGUCUUUCCAGAGCAUGGCCAUAGUCUUCGGUCCUACUCUGCUCCGGCCCGAGGAAGAGUCAGGAAACAUGGCCGUCCAUAUGGUCUUCCAGAACCAGAUCGUGGAGCUCAUCCUCAGCAAGUUCGAUGAAGUUUUCUCUUCCAGAUGAGCCGUCCAGCCUGAGUGUCGCACCUGAAGCUGUGCUUGGGCACUGCUGGACUGAGCUUUCAGUGGAUUCUCUGGAUCUGAAAUGUUUCUGCUGUAGGAUAGCAAAUGCGCACACUCAGGCUAGAGCUCAUUAACUCUCCAUGUGGAUUUCCUGUGGAAUUGGAAUGAAGAGACCAGGAUGGAUUGCACAGCAAUCACAGGCGUGUUUGUUUGGCUGGAUUAGCUGUUGGAUUAGCAUGGGUUAUCAAAACAUGGACUUGAUGAGAUCAUUCAGAUCCACAGUCUUGGGUGUCUUGGAUGGGGAUGCUAAUAUGAACACACCAGUUUUGCGUUGGAUGGAAAUUUACUCUUGCCAAAAAAAAUGAUAACUGUUAAAGACUGAUAGAGAAUGUGCUCGACAUGUUUAACCUCCGUCUGGAUUCACAACUCAGCAAGCGGUUGUCUAGAAAUUGCCAGUGGUGUAUUUUAUUUUAUGUCAGUAUCUAGACUAGGCUUGUGCGAUGUAGAUUUUUCCCUGUUCGCAAUUUUUAAAUUUAAUAAGCGAUUUAAUCAUCCAGAGCUGCUAGCCUAAAAAAAAAGACAGGAAAGCGAGCAUGUCCAGCACUUCAGGUUUAGAGGAGGGCGUAAUAAUAUUAGCAGCUGUGCAGUCGGGAACUGCGGCAAUC